GAGCCACCAGUAUGUACAUGCAGCAAAGUUGAUCAAAUUUUUGCAGUUCUACCGUGUUGUAAUUUACAACAAAGAUGCAGUAUAGUUGCCUGGCGAACACAGCUGUCAAUGCAGAUGGAGGUACUGCGAAUGGUUGGGACCUGCAACAGAAUUAGCACCACAACAAAGACAAAACCUUUAUGCUUAUUGGAAUGCAACAGAAGACCAAGCAGAAGCAUGUGGAAAUGAGCUGGUGGGCAUUAUAAAAAGGAACUCUGGUCUAUCUUAAUAUUGUUGUUCAGUAGAAAAAGCAAGCAUUUUGGGACAGUUUGCAGCUUUAAACCCGUGACAUCAAACUGGCAUAUCGACAUAGGGGUUUUGGAUUGAAAAUCAAAAAGUGGUAGUUUGGGUUUCAUUUUUUCAUAUAUCAAUGAUCCUCCUACUGCAAAAUUAAUGCAAUUGGUUAUGGAAGUAUUAAUCAGCGUAGAGUGCUUUGUUGUUUCUCUUCAAUAUCCCUUAAAAUCCUCUGUACUGUGAUUGUACCCAUUGCUUUGUAUUGUCCUUGCUGUGGCUGUGUUUAUGUUUCUCGUUUUCAAAAACUGGUUUUAGUUUGAAGAAAUAGUGGUCUUGUGAAAUGCAAUAACCAUUUUCUUUCUUUUGCAUUUGCACUUUGUGUCUCAAAUAAAAUGUUCUUUAGUUCAAGCAUGGCUUUGUUUUGCUGCAUUAAACAGAAUGCUUCCACUUGGGAUACAGCUUCUGAGCAGCUGAAACACAGCAAUAUUCCCAAAUGAAAGACUGAAUUUAUUUAUAAAUGUAACUGCUGCUUCAACUACUGCAGGAGAAAUGCCACUCCUAAAGAUAUGGAAUGGAGACUGCAGUGUGAAACAAAUGGCACAAGCAAGCACACUUGUAGAAGUGCUAGCACAGGCAGAAGAGAAAGGCGUUUGCAAGUCGGAAAAUGCAAAGGUUUUUUUGAAAGACUGGACUCUUCUUGAAGAAGAUGUCUUUCAAGAUGUAUUGAAGGAGCUUCCUCUGGACGACAGGAUCUUUAUAGUUGCUGAAGUUAUACCACCAGUGGAACAUGGUUCUUCAGGUAUCUCGCAAGCCGACUGCGUGACAAUUUUUGAAGAAGAAGUGAGCACAUCCCAGUUCAACUUUCAUUUUGAGAGGCUGCCAAGAAGUGUUCAAGUCGCAUUAGAGGCACCUCAGGCACUUCCUCCCGGAGAAAGGAGAGAUCUUGUAAGGUGCAUUGCGCAUGACAUGAUGCAGGUUUCACCACGGCCUAGGAGAGAGUUCAUCCGCAGUGUUGCUGAGGCCGUGGUAAAGCGUUUUCCUGCUUGCCUUCAGGACCGCACAGUCAAUGGCAAGGUGUUUGGUCGAGGAUAUGAUUCCCUGUUCCAGCAACUUGAGAACAGAGUAGAGAAUUUGGGCCAUGUGAAACAGCAGGGAUUGCCAUCAUGCGUGAAGACCAAGAAAUGCUCAUAUGGCUGUGCCAAUUGGCAGCCAGUGUGCUUGCAACCAGUCGAAACCGUAGCUGAAAAAAUCCAGUUUCUUAACGGGGAGGCCCAGAAGACACUGCGAGACAUAGAUGUACCCUUGGCACAGACCUGUAUGGAUGCAACCUACAGUGAACAACGAAGGUUCGUAAAUUCUGAUGCACCAGUCCAUAGCACGGCAGAAGUCAGAGAGGAGUGGCCAUUGCUCUUCCACAAGUCCUUUUUUUUACAAGCAUGCUUGUCAGCUCCUUGGCAAAAAUAUGAGGGGUAUAUUUGAGGAGAACCUGUCUGGCGUUGCACCUUUGUUCAUAAAACACUUGGACACUUUAACUGCACCAAGGAAAGAACUUGUGCAGUGGAUGGUUAAGGUGGAACUUCAGCAGAGGAAAGGAAACCAGCAUGCAAAAGAAGCCACCAUUCCACUAUUGGCUGCCUACUUCAAGGAUGAUCCAGAUGAUCUGUUUCGUGUUCUUGAAGAAGGUACAAGCAUCACGGAAGUGAUGGACGAGUUUCCAUCUACACCAGUUGUGGUUUCAUUAGGAGGCAUCUUUGAGAAGAAAUGUUUUGUUGUUUGCGAGCAGCAGCUGUUGUUUACGGAGAGCACUGGCUUCAUAGAGGCAGCGUGUCUUGCCUUCUUAUGCUACUAUGUGUUUAACAUGACCUAUGCAAAGGGAGCAGCUACAACACUUGAGUUCAUUCAGAGGCAAAUAUGUGAUAUUAAUCCCUGCAAAGGCAGCAAAUCCCAGGGCAAUGCCCGCCGUUUGGCUAUUCCUACAAAGGUAGUGAAGCUGGCACAGCGUCUUCGAAAGGAAUAACCUGAAUGGAACACCAGAUAGUGGCUGAUGUGUGCAAAAAAGAUUGAUUGUGUGUUAUGCUGUACCUGUGAUUAUUUAAUAAUCUGUUUAUAUGGGAGCUCCAGGCUGGUUGGUUAUGGCAGGGAAGUCCAUUAGGAUGGAUGUGAAUGGAGAUAAUUAUAUGGUGCUUUUCAGGUGCUAGUGGUGGCAGGCAUAAGGAUGCCUUGUAUAGACUUACUGGUUAUUGUAUUCACUAGGCAAUGGGAAUGUAGAUUAGCAGUAAGGCUAGAGUUGGUCAAGAAAUCCGACCCAAGAUGGUUAGGCAUAGAAGGCCCGUUUGAAAAUUAUCCAACCUUAUUUAUUUUAGAGAAGACCAUAUGGCACAGGUUUGCCACAUCGUGUGAUGUGUCUUUCAGUUGUGUUGGCUGUUGUACAGGAGCAGUUAUGUUGAGCAUUGUCUUGUCCCAGUGUGAUAUUGAGUGA